AUGGACGGUGAUCCCAAGGUUGAGUCGCAGCUCGACUCGUUUAGCUUGACCUUUCCCCUACCCUAUCGCAUAGGGUUCAUCAUUGUUCUCGCCGUCUGGGGCUGGGGUGUCAACCUCCACUACCUGCACAAAGUCAAGAUCGAUGUGCCCUCCCUGAUUCGAUAUCCCUCGCGAUCCUCUCCGACACAACCGGCGCAUCACCUCUCGACGUACCGCCUCGCGACCGUACUUUCGACGGUUUUCUUACUUUCGAUAUUAACAUUCUGGGUCUUCUCCCGUCGAACCCCCGCCCUCGUACUCGAAUAUGACUGGCUACCGAUGACCUACCUGGUCGCCCUUGCGGCCCUCUUCUUCGUCCCGAUCCGCAACUUUUCGCAGGGCGGGCGAUCACGAUUCCUCGCUACGCUGCGACGCGUCAGCAUCGGAGGCAUAGCAGAAGCCAAGGAUGGAAAAUUCGGGGACAUCCUGCUCGCCGAUGUGUUGACAAGCUACUCCAAGAUCCUAGGGGAUCUCUACGUGGUGCUGUGCAUGUUCUUCACGCCGUCCGGGUCUUCGACCGCGCGACCAGACCGGAACUGCGGAGGAACAGUGAUCGUGCCGCUCAUCAUGGCAGUGCCGUUCGCCAUACGAUUCAGGCAGUGCAUCAUUGAAUAUUUCCGAGUCGCAAGAGCGCCUUACAAGGAGUCAGUCGGUUGGGGCGGUCAGCACCUGGCCAACGCCACCAAAUACGCCACGGCCUUCCCCGUUAUCAUCUUCAGCGCACUACAGCGAAGCGUUCCGGCUGAUCAGCCAGCACCUGGUUUGAACAGAGCAUGGCUGGUGGCAGUGCUGGUGAACUCCCUCUACUCGUGGUACUGGGAUGUUGCCAAGGAUUGGGACCUGACGCUAUUCUCGUCGGCGCGGGAGCGCAACAACCCGGAACAUCCCUUCGGACUUCGCCGACGUCUUGUUUUCCAGCAGCCUGUUAUCUACUACGGCGUGAUUGGGAUGGACUUGAUGCUGCGGUGUACCUGGUCGCUUAAGCUGAACGCGCACUUGGACAAGUUUACCGACUUUGAGAGCUCCAUCUUCUUGUUGCAGUCCCUCGAGGUAUUCAGACGCUGGGUAUGGAUAUUCUUCCGGGUUGAAACAGAGUGGCUGCGGAACAACACGUCGGGGCUUGCGGUGGACGAUAUCUUGCUGGGGGACUACCAAGGCAAGUAUGACUCUGAUGAAGACUAG